AUGAAGACGAAAUCUCGGAAAGAAAGUAGGAAAGAAAUGAGAAAAGCAAAAAAGGUUAAAAAGCAUGAGCAUUUUUUAAAAAGAAAAGCAAAGUUUAAAUCUAAUAACAAAUUCGUCAACAACAAAAAUAACGUUACUAAUAAAAAAGGUUUAAAUGUGCCUAAUGAAAAAUUACAACAAAAAAAUAAUAAUAAAAAUAAAGAUCCUUUUCACCUUCGUGACAAUAUUUCUAAACCGCCUGAUAAAAAGAAUAAAAAAGAAUUCAUGUCACCUCAUGAGAAAAUUGAAUAUGAACAUGAAAAGGAGAAAAGGAAAAGAGACAAAUUGAAUAACGAUAUAAAAAAGACAAGAGUAGAAAAAUUAAAAUCUGAUAAUUUAAAAGAAGAUGUCGAAAUUAAAAAAUUAGAAAAACAAUUGAAAAUGAAAAAAGGAAAAUCUAAAGCUUUUCUCCUUGAUGGAUUAGACUACCUUUUGGAUGUUUGCGACAAAAAAAUUACAGAAAAUGAAUUUGAAAAAACUUUACACGAUUCUGAUUCUGAAUUUGAAAGUGAUUUGGAAAAUAUAAUUGGGGAUUCCACUAAUGAUAAUAAAAAAAUCAAAACAAAAAAGAAAAAAAUUUCUGAGGAAAAAAAUGAUUCUGAAAAUAGUAACAAUGAUGAUUUCAGUGAUGAAUUUGAUGAUGAUUUUGACGACAAUGAAAGUGCAGUUAAUAGUGAGAUUAGUGAACCAAACAGUGAAAAUUUCGAAAAAGAUUAUUCCGAUGAGGAUUCUAUCGAUAGUGAUAAUGAAACCCUUAAAAAUAAUUCUAAUAAAAAACAGGAUAAAAAGACAAAAAGGGAUCAAAAAAAUAUAGAAAACAAGGGGAAAAAUAAGAAAAUGAAAUUAGAAGUUCAUUCAUCUGACAAUAGUGAUGAUGAUGAUGAUUCUAUAUCUGAUGUUUCACAAAAUAAAGAUGAUUCUGGUGUUAAUAAAAAAUUAUGGGAAGAUAUAUAUGGGAGAACAAGAGAUGAAACUGGAAAUGUUGUACAAACAUAUGUGCCUCCACAUUUAAGAAACAAAACUGAUAAUAAUGUUAAUGUUAAAAGUAAUCAAAGUAAAGAAAGGCUUAAAAAACAAUUACAAGGUUUACUUAAUAGAUUAGCAGAAAGUACCAUGAUUUUUGUAUCGAAUAAAAUAGAAGAAUUGUACAUGGGAAACAGUAGAAAUGACAUGAAUGAAACAUUAUGCACUUUAUUUCAAGAUUCGCUGUUCACUGAAAUUUCAACACCUGAACGAUUAAUUAUGGAACAUGCAAUGUUAAUAUCGGUUCUUCAUGCGAAUGUUGGAAGCGAAAUAGGUGCACAUUUUUUACAAUUUACAGUUAUUAAAUUCAAAAAAUUAUUAGAUGACAAUGUACCGGUUGAAAAUAAAGAAAUUAAUAAUAUAUUAAUUUUCAUAAUGCAUUUAUACAAUUUUCAGUUGAUUCGAUCGAAACUCAUGUUUGAUUUGUUAGAUGAAAUGCUUAAAAACCUUAAUGAAAAACAAAUUGAAUUGGUUUUGUUAACAUUGAGAACAAUAGGUUUUAAUUUAAGAAAGGAUGAUCCUAUUGCCUUAAAAGAACUCAUAUUAAAAGUUCAAGGACAAGCGAAUAAAAUAUCAUCAGAUGAAAUAAGUUCCAGAGUGAAAUUCAUGUUGGAAAUGUUAAUGGCUAUUAAAAAUAACAAUGUGUCUAAAAUACCAAAUUACGAUCCGGAAACGGUUGAAAAGAUGAGAAAAAGUUUAAAAAUAUUUAUUAGAAAGGGAAAUUACAACGCGGAAUUGAACAUAACUCUUUCGGAUUUACUAAACGCCGAUAAACACGGUCGCUGGUGGAUUGUGGGUUCCGCUUGGACAGGUUCAGCCUUAGAACAAAAAACAGAAAAACCCGACGCGACGAAUUCGAACGUUAUGCAAUUCUCUCAGAGCCUUCUCGAUUUGGCGCGAAAACAAAGAAUGAACACGGACGUUAGAAAAAAUAUUUUUUGCAUUUUGAUGUCGUCAGAGGAUUUUUUAGAAGCUUUUGAAAAAUUGAUGAAAUUAAAACUCAAAGGUUCGAUCGAAAGAGAAAUAAUGAACGUUAUUCUUCAUUGCGCAUUGCAAGAAAAAAAUUUCAAUCCUUAUUACAUGUAUUUGGGAAAUAAAUUUUGUAAUUUUGACCGGAAAUAUCAGAUUAUGCUUCAAUGUGCCGUUUGGGAUCGUUUGAAAGAAAUAAAUUCAUUAUUAUCAUUUCAAAUAACGAAUUUGGCUAAAUUUGUCGGUAACAUUGUAUUAAAUCGAGGACUUCCGAUUUCUAUUUUAAAAGUCAUAGAAUUUUCGGAUUUAAAUAAACCGACGAUUAAAUUUAUGAGACAAGUUUUACUAACGAUACUUUUAAACGAUGAUGAAAACGCAGCAAUAUCAUCAUUUAAACGAAUAUCAUCGAAUACGGAUUCACCCAAAUUGAAAUUGUUUCGAGAAAGUUUGAGAUUAUUUUUACAACAUUUCGUAUUGAAAAACACGAAGAAUAACAUGGGGGGUAAAAUUGCGGGGGGAAAAUUAAUGAAAAUGGCUAAAAUGGCCGAUCAAACUUUAUCCUCUAUUAACAACACCGGAGGAAUUUUUUAA